AAGUUAGUGCUCUCUCUUUUUCUUGGAGUAAGACUUCAAUUCAUAGCUCAAAUAUAUACACUUCUCCAUAAGCUAUAACAACAAAGGAUUAAAAAAAAAGGGUAGAUUUCAAUUUCAUCAAAAGAAUUGAAAUUGGUGUGAAUCAAAACCUCUAUGGGAUUAUCACUUUCCAUAUUAAUUUCAGCUUGGGAAGAAAUUGUUAGACAUCACUCUUUGGUCUAUCAUUCACUCUUUGGUCAUGAAUAUAAAAGGGGCGAUCUACACACAGUAAUUCUUCUUCCUUCAGUUGAGUUUUUUUUUAAGUAGGUAGAAUUUUUUCCAUUUUAAAUUUAGAAUCUUCUAAAUAUGGCCUCUUCUCCAACCUUCACUCUUCCCAUUUUUAUUUUUAUUUCCAUGUUAUUCUGCCCAGCACCAUCCGUCGCGUCUGGCCUCAAUGUAAGUGAGGUCAUGCCAAAACAAACAGCGGUGGGGGCGGAGGACAGCCUACACAUAACUGCCGGAAUCUUUUCGGAUCUAAACCUUGAUCUAGAAUUAGAAGCACGUUCGGCGUUCACACUGUUUAUUCCAGUGGACGCCGCCUUUACCGACCAGGUAAAUUCUCAGCCUCAUUCUAUAAGUUUAUCAUUUUUAUAUAUUUUGAUGAUGGCACAUGUCAUGAGACAGUACCUUCCUCCUGAUUUCCUCCGGGGAUUGAAUACAUUCUCCCCUCCCACCCUUACAAGUGAAGCCCCGGGGCUUUCCUUGUACCAUCUUAACAUUUCGGUGGGUCAGACCUCUGCGGUGAUGAUAAGAAUGGGAGUUGUUGAGACCGUAGUCAAGAACACGGUUUAUUUCAAAUCUCCCAUUGCCAUAUAUGCCAUCUCAAAGGUUUUAUUACCUAUUGAGAUGUUUGGCAGUGUUGAUGUUUCCCCCCAUCCUCCUCACCAUUCUCCUCCUCAUUCUCCUCCUCCUCCUCCUCUCCGCUCAGGAGAGCCUCCACAGCUUUCUCCUCAGAUUGCUUUGGCGGUAACUGCUCUUAGUUUUUUAUUUUAGGUGUUUGUUAUGUAUUUUUUUUUAUUUGGUUGAGUGUUAUGUUAUGUAUUUUUUUUUUGUGUGAAUGUACAAAUUUGAAUAGGGCAUCAAAAUUUUAGGGCCACCAAUUUUUAUUUUUACUUAGUGCACUCGCGUGUGCGAGCGU